UCUGCAAGUUGAAAGGGAAGCAAAACUACCAAACCUGCUCACAGUUUCAGGCUCGACUGAGGGAGAUAUUUUCUGUUAAUAUUAAUAACAACUUAACCGUAAAAAGUCUGUUUUAUUUAGCGAUUCGCUCAUUUAAAGAAGAGAAAAUGAAUUUUGUGGCUCCGGUCUUCCUGCUUCUCGUUGUUUUGUGUUUAACGCUGGCACAGAAUACAACACUUUCUCCAAAUACUACAACACAAACUUCACCACAGACUUUGACUACGUCUCCAGGACAGUCUUCAGCCACAACAGGAACACAAUCUUCAACUACUACAACACAAUCUUCAACUACGACAACGCAGACUACUACUCAGUCUACAACUAUACCAACAACACCACAUCCAAGCUGUGAGAGCAAGAAUGGCACCAGCUGUGAGGAGUGCUUGGCCUAUGUGGAUUGUCUAUGGUGUCGGACAACUAAGCGUUGCAUUACAUACCCAGCCAAAAACAUCCUGCCUCCCCAUUCCCUCUGUCCACUGAAUGAUGCUCGAUGGGGUCUUUGCUCAAUGAAUUUCCAGAUAUUGAUCAUUACGUUGUCGGUGGCUGCAGCUCUACUCAUCAUUGGGUUUUUGAUUUGCAUAUUCUGUUGCUGCAAGUGUGAGAACAUUGGAUCUUCUCGAAAUGAAAAUAGACUUAAUCGACGGGUCGACAAGACGAAAACGAAACAAGAGCAGAGGAAAGCAGAGAUGAAAAUUAGGCACGAUGAGAUCCGUCAAAAAUAUGGUCUCAGCAGGGCAAGUCCUUACGCCAGAUUCGACAACCCCAACUAAAAUAUACUGGGUGCUUUAUUUUAUGGCCAAAUAUAUUUUUAUUAUCCGCUGCCUAGGAUAACAGUCCACAAAAAUGAGCUCAAGGGAUUAUUUUACCGAAGAAUUCAUUUUAAAUGGACAGUUCACCUGAAAAUGAAAAUGACCUCACCAUUGAGUCUCCAUCAUGGGGUUUUAAACCUUUGAUGUUUUUUCUGUUGAACACAAAAGAAGAUAUUUUGAGAAAUGCUGGUUGCUGGGACCCACCAACUUCCAUAGUAGGGGAAAAAGUUACUAUGGAAGCCAGUAGCUGUGUAUCAUUUCAGAGGCAGCACCCUUAAGGAAGGAUGCAAACUUCAAAGGUGAGUCCUUUGAAGUCCACACUGGCCGAAACGAGCAUUUUGAAAUGAGACCAUCUAGCCUAUACAGAGGACAGAUCUCGCCACCAGGCAACUGUAACAGCUUCCGGUAAUAAAACGGUAAUAAAAUUUGUAAUGACUUCUUUUUUCCAAAGUGAUUUUAAAGCAUAUUUUAAGCGAUCUGAAGGCAAAGCAAGGUUUACAAAAGCUAGAAAUAUAUUUCCUUUGAACCAUACAUGUACACAUAAAUCACCUUUUAGCAAGACAUGUCAUACUCUUCUUGUUUUCUAACAUGUGUUUAGACCUCCAAGUAAAAUAAAACCUAAUUCAUACAUUUAAUCCAGAGUUUUCUUUUAAAAACAUCCUGCCGUUAUCAGCGCAAUGAAUCUUGGGAUGUUUGAGGCCGCAAAGGAUUACCUGGGAAAUGAAGGACACAUUUUGAGGCUGCAAGUAAAGGAGCCUUCUAAUUUUGUUGAAAUGAGACUUGGGAGGAUGCAGCCUCUGAAAUGAGACACAGCUAAUGGGUGCCAGCAAUCAGCUUUUGUUAUCAACAGAAGGAACUCGAAUAGGUUUUGAGUAAGUGAAAGGUGAGUGAAUGAUGACAGAUUUUAAUAUGUGGGUGAACUAUCCCUUUUAAGUCAUUUUCGUUUUAUUUAUAUAAUUUUCCACAAUCAGAUUCUUGUAUCUGUCUAGCGACUAAACUCAUUGUGUCCAUUCACACGUUAAUUAAAGCAGCCAUGAAUAUAUUCAUCAUAUAUGUACAAAUGUUCACUUGUUUAUUACUUUCCUAGUCUGAAAAUCAUUAAGGAAGAGAAAAAAUGCUGAUAAACACAUCCCACGAUACAGUUGAAGUCAAAAUGAUUAGCCCUCCUGUGUAUUUUGUAUUGUUUUUUAAAUAUUUCCCAAAUGAUGUUUAACAGAGCAAGGAAGUUUUCACAGUAUGUCUGAUAAUAUUUUUUGUUUUGGAGCAAGUCUUAUUUGUUUUAUUUCGGCUAGAGUAGAAGCAGUUUUUAAUUUUUCAAAAACUAUUUUAAGGUCAAUAUUAUUAGCCGUGUUAAGCUAAACUUCUUUCGAUUGUCUACAGAACAAACCAUCAUUACAGUAACUUGCCUAAUUACUCUAACCUGCCUAAUCAACCAAGUUAAGCCUUUAAAUUGCACUUUAAGCUGAUAACUACUAUAUAGUAAGUAUUAUGUAGUGUACUGCCAUGAUGGCAAAAAUAAAUCAGUUAUUAGAAUUUAGUUAAUAAAACUAUUGUUUAGAAAUAGAAAUCUUCUCUCCGUUAAAAAGAAAUUGGGUAAAAAUUGGGUAAUAAUUCUGACUUCAACUCUAUCUGCUCAUCAUAACAUUCUCAUGCUGAUUGUGCUGUUUAGUUUCUGUUCAUACUUUGUGGUUGAUCAUAAUGUCAUUGUAUAAAGAAGAACGAAACGUUGGCUCGUCACAAUGAAACCUGAACUAUUCUUUGUGGAUUGACCUCACUCUCAUGUGAAGUCAUAUGAACAUCAUUCUGCUGGGUUUGAAACAGAGUGAAGGAUUACUCUUUAGUCUGUGACUGUUUUCUUUAUUUCUAUAGCUGAACACACAUUUUAAGAAGCUUCAUGAAUGGCUGUUCAUGCAGUGUAUUGGUUUAUUUUUUAUUUUGAAUAAAUAUAAUUAAAAGUC